CCCGGAAUGGCUGAAAGUUUGGGGCCCGCAGAUCCAGGCUCCUCCCCGGACUUGGGCGCAGCGGGGAAGAGCGCGGAGGGGCAGAGCUGGCGGGCGGCGGGAUGUGGCAGUCACCUGCCCGAGUCCCCAUGGCCUGCACAAGCGAUGCCCGGCUGCAGCUGGGUCGGGAAGCGCUGCGGGCUGCACCCACAUUGCUGGUUCCCGCGGUGCUGCUGGGCGCCGCACUCGGCCUGGGCCUCGGCCUGUGGCUAGGCUGCCGCGCCAGCCGCCUGCGCACGCGACUCCAGAAAGAUGACACCCAGCGCCUGCUCAGAAGUUCAGAGACCACUGCACACAGCCUGCCAGACACUGGCUCCCGGGUCAGGAGACGCCAGAGAGAAAUGACGACUUCUCGGGAUGAGGAUGCUCCUGAGGAGUGUGACCCACCCUUGAGUAGCAACAUCACAGCGUUUGCACUGAAAGCCAGGGUUGUCUAUCCCAUCAACCAGAAGUUCCGGCCUCUGGCUGAUGGAUCCUCCCACCCGUCGCUGCAUGAAAACCUGACACAGGCAGCAGCCAUCCUGCCCCACCUACCCCACCAGCCAGCAGAGGCCUCACCAGCCAGCAGCCUGGGCAGCCUGAGCCAGGCUGGAAAGGAAGACGGCAGCUCCUCUUCCAGCAUGCACUCAGCCUACAGUGACGACAGGAUCCUCCACUGUGCCUUCCUCUGGGUGGGCAGCUUCCCUGAGGUUCUGGCCUGUGAGAGUGCGGAUAUUGACCUAUGUGUUCGCAGCCUUCUUCUGAAAGACCUGCUUCAGGUAGACACAGCGCUGAGACGGGAGAAGCACCUGGUGUUCAUUCAGAUUCUUAAAGCAUGCCUCCUGGAUGUUUUUCCUAAAAAGAAGCCUGAUGAUGAAUUAUACCAGAAGAUACUUUCAAAACAAGAGCAUGAUUUGGAGGAGUUAGAAAAGGGACUUCAAGCCAGAUUGGCAAACACAGUGACUCCAAUGGGCACCAGUGACUCCAGCUACGUCUCCCUGGCAGAUGUGGAGAGGAAGGAGAGAGAACUCUCGGAGCAACUCAUAGACAAUAUGGGAGCUUUCUGGAAGCAGAUGGAAAGCAUCCAGCCCAUUCUCGUGGACCAGUUUAAAUGUUCCAGCUCAAAGGCACGGCAACUCAUGAUGACUCUGACAGGAAGAAUGAUUGCCGCUGAAGGGCUGCUACGUGAUGCUCAGGACCUGCAUGCCCUGGACGCCCUGGAGAGAUCACUGGGUCGGGCCCACAUGGCAAGAAUGGUAGAGUUCCUGAGGACCCAGAUCCAGGAGGAGACCAAAUGCCGGCUGGCUGCUAUCUCCAGUGGCCUGGAGCUACUCACUGUCCAGGGACAGCUGUCUGGGAGACAAAAGGAGGAACUUCUGACCCAACAGCACAAGACCUUCUGGGAGGAGGCAGAGUGCUUUGGCAGGGAAUUCAUUCAGCGGGGCAAAGAUCUGGUCCAGGCUUCUCUGGCUCACCAGGCAGAAGUGAUGGCAGAGCUCACACAAAUCCAAGAAGAAGAGCAGAGAAGUUUCCUGGCUGAUUCCCAGCUGACCUCAGACCUGGGGGAGUUCCUCAAGGCUUUUCAUGAGGUCCUGGAGAGGCAGUGGCUGACCCGGAGUGACCAGGAGGAGGAAGAGGAUAUCAGGAUCACGGAGGCCAUGACUGCACUCUGCCAAGAGCUGUACUGUGGCACCAUGGAAACCUUCCAAAAAUUUGUGGACACUCUGUUCCUGAAGAUGCUCCCAGAAGUGAGCAGUCUUCCCAUGGCAGAAUGCGAGGCCCUGAGGCAACAGGUCCAGGAGCAGGCAGCGAGACAGCUGGGGCAGGUGGACCGAUUUCGCAGACGGCAGUGGGAACUCCUGUGUGACCUCUUGGAACAGGACAGGCGGGUGUGGCUGGAGGAGUGUGCGCUGUCCACGGUGCUGCAGAGGCAGCUACGGGAGCACCAGGAGAGCACCAUUCAUAAGGUCCUGAGCAGAUUCAGUGGCCUCUCUGAAGAGUCCACACGAGGCAUCCUGCAGGGCCACGAGCUGCUGCUCUGCUCCGCUCUGCGUAGACUAGCCCUCCGAGGCACCACCACCACUGCCCUGGCUCAGAUGAGACUCUCUGGGAAGAAGAGGCUCCUGCAGGAGCUGCGUGAGCAGCUGGCUCUGGAGCAGGGAGCCUCCCCCUGCCUGGAGGAGCAUCAAUGGCAGCUGCUCAGAGCCCUGGAAGCACGGAUCCAGGAGGAGGCAGCCAGACUGGAAGAUGAGGCACAGCAGACAGGCCUGCGGCUCCAGCAGCAGCUCCUUGCAGAGGUGCAAGAGGCCGGGCAGCUGAUACAGAUGCACUCAGAGCGGGCCAUUGGGCAAGCAUUGUUGGUGCAUGCAAGGAAUGUGGCCAGUAAGGGCCGGACAAGGGACAAGGAAGACUUCAAGAGGACGCUGGUGGAGACGGUGGUGGAGAGUGUGUAUGUGACCAGCACCAGUGUCGGUCACCUCGUGCAGGCAUAUUACCAGUGCGUCGGGAAGCUCCUGCAGGCCCACGAGGAGCAAGUACUGCAGCGCCUGAAGACCCUGCAGGGUGAGAGAAUCAACACUUACAAGGUGUGGAAGAAGCAAGAAUUCAGUGACCCACCAUUGGGGAGCCAGACAGCACCGUCGGGGAGCCAGAUGACAGAUACCCAUGGAGCUACCCAGGCGGUGCAGCAGAGAAUGCUGUCACAGCAGAAGAAAUUCCUGGUCCAGUUCACACAGCACCAGCAAGGCCGCCUGAACUGUCAAAAGCAGAAGGCACGCGAGCUCGACCAGCUUGAAGCCCAGCUUGAGACUCAACUGCAGGAAGCUGAGCAGACCUUUAUCUCAGAGCUGGCGACACUGGCCCGAGUGCCCCUUACUGAAAACAAGCCGUUCUCCAGCAAGCGAGGACUGCCAGAGAAGCCAGUAAGGACCAGAAGAAAGAAACCCCCGCCUCGGGAGAGAGAGGACCUGGGACCGCCCAACAAUGAUCACCCUACCCAGGCGGACCACAACACAGGACCACUCAGCAGCAGAAGGCUGGGUCAGCAGGACAGCGACGCUGGCGAUGGAGAGAACUCGAGGAAGAUGCUGCAGAGAAGAAGCAAUCUGUAGCUGGAACCCUGCUGAGAUGGACCUACUGCGCUCCUGGCUUCCUCUGUGGCUGCAGCCUUGUGGUUCAGAUUGGGCCACGAGUUGAAGGCAGGUCUUGAGAGAGGGGAUGCCACCUACCUUAGAAAGUGGAAAUGGUAUGACCACCAAGUGCCUGGGAGGACUGGAGGUGGUGGAGACAGGCCUUGGAGAACCUCGGCUUCUGCCCUGGUGCUCUUUUCCUGACUGCUUCCUCUCUCGGGAGUGCCCUCCAGCCUCACGGUGUCCUGGUGCUACCCAAUGUCCCCUGGUUCCCAGCAUCUUCACAGAGUCCUACCUGCCAGGGUCUCAGUAUUACUGGUGUUGUUUGAGCCCAAAGUCAUUGUUUCAUUCCCAUUGCUCCAUAGUUAUGUCCUUCCAGUGUCCCAACCAGGACCAGCCAACUUUUGGUCUUGGCAUUUCUAUCUUUUGGUUCAGGAGUCCUGGGACCUGGUUACUCAAGGAUGUCAGAGUCUCAGAGCCAGUGUCCUUGGCACAGCCAUGGAGUUUCAAAUCCAUAGGCCUGUUCUGAACUGUUUGGAGCUUGGGGACCACACGUGCCUGUCACAUACCACGAAAUCUCCUCCUUGGGCAUGGAGGACAUAGGAGAAUAUCUCUACCCUCAGGCUUCACUGAGGAGGGAAAUCUUCCAGCAGCCAGCAGUCCCUCCCUUGAGGAGAGGUCCCCAGGUCACCUGCUCCUCCAGAGGGAUGGGAGGAUUUCCAUAAGCUUCCAAACCAGCCCCACUUGCCCCCUAGGUCAGAGGUCUUUCCCACUCAGGGGGCAAUCUCUUUCACCAUCAGGUAUCCCCAAUCAUCACUGUCAACACUUUGGGUGUGAUCACUCUUUGUUUGGGUGUGAAAGCUGUUGAUGCCAAAGAUGGAGUCUCUCAUGUCAGACCCAGACCCACAUGCAAUCAGGAGGUUGUGAAUGGCACACACUGGUGCAUUUGAGAUGAGCACUGGCACACAUGAAAACACUGCUUCACACUCUUGCCCAGGGACACCAGUGUGCCUGAGAGUGAUGCCUGAGGCCAGGCACUUCUGACUGAGGGCUCGACUGAUGCAGCAUCUGGCCUUCCUUCUUCCUCCCUCUUCCAUUCUCCUGCUCCCCGGGCCUUAGCCUCCUUGCACAUGAGCCAUCCUUGACUCAUUCCAAAUAAAAACCUCUAGCCCAGGAGUUGAGGAGUUGCUCUUGCUGUUUCAGGCCUGUGGGGACCGAUGGUCAGCAACCCUGGGGUGUACCCAACUGUUCAUCUCUGGUGUUUCUCAGUGAUAGGUCAAUGUGUGCUACCCCUGGGCAAGCCCAACACUGCAAAGCUCUACAGUGCCACCGAUUUCUAGAACACACUGGCUUCUGUGACCCAGUAGCCCCUCUCAGGGAUCUUCUGGACUUUCGGGACUUUUAGUUUCUUAAAAUAUGAACUAGAACUGGCUAGUUAGAAAGGUGGCCCUCAUGGAAAGCCCUCUGCAUGUGUAUACUGUGUGUGUGUGUGUGUGUGUGUGUGUGUGUGUGUGUGUACAUUUGGAGACCAGAGGACAACCUCCCAUAUGGCUUCUUAAGUUCUAUCCACCUUUGUUUGUUUGUUUGUUUGAUUGGUUGUUGGCCAGGACUUUCACUGGCCAACUCACCAAUUAAGAGAGGCUACAUGGCCCCGCAGGUCCCAUGCUUAGAAACCAAGUACUUUAAGGACUGAGACACUCACUCCCCCUGUAAUCAUCUUUUUAACCAAACCAACCUUGUCUGCCCAGACUGGUGUUCUCAGCGUGAGUCCACAGUGCCCUCUGGUGGCUUUCACGAAGAAUGUCAUCUGAAUAUAUGGAAAAGCUAUGGUUUCUUUCCUGUAGAAUUCUACAACGCUGCUUGCAUGGGGAUCCCUAUUGUCACCUAAGUCCUCUGGUUUGAGGGUGUGAAUGUGACAAAGACAAAUGAUGUCUCUCAUCUCCUCCAGCACCAAGACUGACUGGUAACUGAGUCUCUUAGGGUUUCUAUUGUAUGAUAAAACUUGAUGGCCCAAAGCAACCUGGGGAGGAAAGGGUUUAUUUCAUCUGACACUUCUGUGUCAUAAUCUGUCACUGGGGACAGGAACCUGCAGGCAAGAACUGAAGCAGAGACCUUGGAGGGACACUCUGUGGCUCACUGCUUACUGGUUUGCUCCUCAGGGCUUGCUCUGCCUGCUUUUUCAUAGCAUUCAGGACCGCCUGACCAGGGGUGGUCUCACCCACCCUAAGCUUGGCCUUUCCACAUCAGUCACCAAGAAAACAUUCUACAGAUUUGCCUCCAGUCCAGUCUUAUGGAAGCAUUUUCUAAUUGAGAUCCCCCCCUUCUUGGAUGACUCCAGCUGGUAUCCAUAUUGGAAAAACAAAGAGACAAACACAACCAGCCAGUACAACUGACCCCUUGUCAGCUCGACACAUAAACACAUUGUCAAUGACACACACAUUGUCAACUUGGCACACAAACACAUUGCUACUCAACUGCAACCUUUCCAUUCUCAUUUGCAUACAAGAUGCUAUGUCAAUAUUGGAAUCAGGACAUAAAGCAGUAUAUCUUCAAAAGUUCCAGCCCCAAAAAUUCACUUGGAAGGUUUAGUCUCUUUAAAAUAUCCCAAGUCCUGCUGAGGAGAGGGAGGAGAGGUUGUAGGAGGCUGGGGGAAGGAGUGGGGGAUUAGGGACAUAGCAGGAAAACCCACAGAAAUGGCUAGCCUGGUUCAUGGAAACUCACAGAGUCUGAAUCAACAACCAGGGAGCUUGCAUGGGACAGACCUAGGUCCUCUGCAUGUAUGUGAGAGUUGAAUAGCUUGGUCUAUUUGUGGAACUCCUGGCAAUGGGAGCAGGGCUGUCUCUGGUACUUUGGCUGGCUCUGGGGAACCUAUUCCUCAUGCUGGAUGCCUUGCCCAGCCUGAGUACAGGGGGAGGUGCUUGGUCUUAUGGCAGCUUGAUGUGCCAUGCUUUUCUGAUGCCCAGGGGGAGUCCGCCUCUGUCUGAGUGAAUUCAAAAGAAGGAUGGCUAGAAGGAGGU